AUGAACCGCACCGCCGUCAGCCGCUUCUUGGCUCUCAGCCGUUUCGCUCAAAAGCGUCACGGACACGGACACCACGUAAGUCCUUUGUAGAAAUCGCUAAUUUCAAGAUUAAACCCAUUUUCCUUGCAGGUCGCCAACCCAGGCCCGCCAUGCAACUUCGACUUGAUGGCUGUUCCGUUCCAGCCGUACAAGAAGGUGUACGGAGAGCUUCAGAGCAAGUUCAACACCUACUUGGCGAUCUCUUCGAUCUUCUUCAUCUCGUCGUUCGCCACCGCUGUCUACACCAACCUCUUCGCCUUCGAAGAGGCCAUCAGACCACCACAGAGCUACCGCAACCGCAAAUAG